AUGGGCAGUGAGGAAUGGGCGCGACAACGGAAGGAUAACCAUAAAGAAGUUGAGCGCCGUCGGCGUGGAAACAUUAAUGAAGGAAUCAACGAGCUUGCGCGUAUCGUGCCGAACGGGACGGGCGAGAAGGCCAAGGGCGCGAUCCUCAGCCGUUCCGUGCAGUACAUUCACCACCUCAAAGAGAAUGAGGCGCGCAAUAUUGAGAAGUGGACGCUUGAGAAGCUGCUCAUGGACCAAGCGAUGGGAGACCUCCAGGCACAAUUGGAGGACAUGCGCCGCAUGUAUCAGGAAGAGCUGCAUCGACGCGAGAAAGCUGAGGCAGAAAUCGCGACUCUCAAGACCGAGCUAGCGUCUGCUACUGGUACAAAGCAGCCCGCUUCAUCCUCUGAGGCCACGGCAGAGGCGGAUGGCGAAGGAAGUGAACGUGGUAAUAAGAGACCAAGGGUUGACGCUUGA